UUGCUGGCCAACCUUUCUCUCACUGACUUUGGUCUGUCUUCUACAACAAUCCCACGAAUGGUCCUUGACAUUUUCAGUGAACAAAAGUCAUAUUUGAAGAGUAUUUCACAGAGACAAAGACAAAAAUUCUUCUGGGGAAUCUCAGAAUUUGGAGAAUUCCUGGGACUGUCAUAAUCCUGAUGAUUUUUUCAGACUAAGCAGAAGAACCAAAUAAAUUCUCUUCUUCCUGCAAAUCAUCUAAUGCUGAUGCUAGUUGUAUCAAUGGAUGGAACAAAUGAUUCUAUGGUAACUGAGUUUGUGUUGCUGGGAUUGUCAGCUUCUUUGGAGAUGAAGAUUCUUCUCUUCUUGUUUUUUUCAUUCUAUGUGGGAAUUGUGUUGGGAAACCUCUUCAUUGUAUUCACUGUGGUUUGUGACCAUCACCUACACUCCCCCAUGUACUUCUUGCUGGCUAAUCUCUCCCUCAUUGACCUGGGACUAUCUUCUACCACAGCCCCAAGGAUGAUCACUGACAUUUUCACUGAGCAUAAGGUAAUUUCUUUCCCAGGGUGUAUGAUACAGAUGUUCUUUGUCCAUGUCAUGGGAGGAACUGAGAUGGUCCUACUCAUAGCCAUGGCUUAUGACAGAUACACAGCCAUCUGCAAGCCCCUCCACUAUUUGACCAUAAUGAGCCGCAAAACAUGUAUUUGUUUUGUAGUGACUACCUGGGUGAUUGGAGUGAUCCAUGCUGUGUCUCAGUUUGUUUGCAUUGUAAACUUGCCCUUCUGUGGCCCUAACAAGAUUGAUAGCUUUUACUGUGACUUUCCUCGGGUGGCGGAACUUGCCUGUACAGAUAGCAACUGGGUAGAGCAUGUGGUCACUGCUAACAGUGGGCUCAUUUCUAUGGGCACCUUCUUCCUCUUAAUCAUGUCCUACAUCUUCAUCCUUGUCACUGUGAGACAUCACUCUUCUGCUGGUUUGUCCAAGGCUUUCUCCACACUAUCAGCUCAUAUCACUGUGGUGUUUUUGUUCUUUGCUCCAUGUUUCUUUGUGUAUGUAUGGGAAUUCCCCACCUUGUCAUUGGAUAAAUUUUUGGCCAUUCUUGACUUUGUUGUUACCCCACUUUUGAAUCCUGCCAUCUACACAUUUAGGAACAAGGACAUGAAGGUGACAAUGAAAAGAUUGAGCAGGAAAAUUGUGAGUUCCAAGGAGCAAUCAUGAUGGAUUUUAUGAAAUAAAAUCAAGGGACACUUCAAGAUUGUGUUCACUGCUUCCAGACUUAUGUAGGGUGUAGCAUAAAAACAGACAUGGCCUAGAGCACCCUAAGAAGAUCUUCUGAAUUUUAGAGAUAUAGCUCUUUUACUCAUCAACAGGAAUAGAGUAACAUCGCCUACUCUCACCUUCUACUUUAUAAUGUGGAAUAUAUAAAGAAGAGAAUCAUAAUUCUGAGUUUCAUGAAUAUACCACAAUCAGUUUUCAUGUAUCUCGUUCAAUGUCAUAUUUUUUGGUGAGAAUCUAUACUUGGAAUUAUGCUUGGUUCUUGCUGAGCUUAGCAAUAAUCAUCUCAAGAAAAUAACUAAUUUUUUUUCAUGGAAAUUCCAUGGUCCAAAUUUAUACAUUUGUGGG